CGGUUCAGCUGGCACGUUACAUCGAAGCACAGCAGUCGCUGUUAGUUUUCUGCGAGCGGCAUUCCUGAGUGCCGCUCGAGUGCAGCUGCUUGAGUAAAAUCCGUAAAGUAGAGAGAGAGGAACUCACAAAUUGGAUAAAUAUUUUAGUUCCUACGCGGAAGUUGUCCGAUUAGGAGUUUUGCAGUUCUUUUGUUUUAGAUUUAUACAUCUACAAAAAGAAUUAUUUAUAUUCAUUUAAGUAUCAUUUGAAGUGACUUUCAAAAAAAAAAAGAAAAAAGUAAAAAAGAAAGUGUAACAUCUAAUCUGACUUUUCUUAGAAAUCAAAAAAGAUCGAUCUAUCGAUAGAUCGAUGUGAAACAUUCGAAAUGAUUCAUAGAUUUGAGUCACAAACAAGAGCACGUGUUUUCAUCGAUAUCAAGAUUUAAUCACAAAAAAUCUAUAUUAUUGGAUACCUUCUUUUUUUUAAAUUGCAAUAAGGACAAAAACCUGGAUGAUCAAGCCCGAUCAUAUUGCUACUGAACACACAACCUGUUUUUUGGAAUUCACUUCCCGUUAGCAUCAAGAUCGGUAGCACUAUGGUCGUUUGGUAUUCCAGGUAUUUCGCCGUUACCUUUCUUUUUGUCGAUUAAUGUCAGUUCUUUUCCUUAUUUUGCUUGUUUUUCCUGAAGAAGUCAAAGGCGGAGCAUAGAUUGGAGCAGUUAAAAAAGGCAACAGACAGAAUACAAAAGGAGAUCGAAGAGGUCACGGAGAGGGAGCACGAACUACGAAACGUGGGUAGCAUUAAAACCACGUCGCACGAGACAGUGGAUUCCAAGGUGAGACGUAUGCCGCAAGCUUUGGCAUCGAAUAAAUUGAAGAGGGCAACAUCAACGCCGCAAAUUCUCGAAGCUGUUAAUCUUGUCCCUUCAACGCAAUCUAUUCUACCAAAAAUGACGAACGGCGUGAUAUCUUCAAAUUCAACAACGAGACCUUUACGUUUUGCUACAGCACCUAGCCAGAAAGGAUUGAUGCAUAGGUUUUUAGCAACAAGAGGAAAGAUUUAUAAAUCUAAUACAACACCUAAUGAUCUUAUAACUUCGUCUAUCACUGUACCUACCAUUGCACUUAAUCCUAUAAGCGUAAAAGCUUUUAAUCGUAGUUUGAAGAUACAACUUGAGCCAGAUGAUGAACCUAAAAAACCUCCUGUUAGGAAGGGUUAUGUACCUGUUGAAGAAAAAAUUCAAAAAGAAUUGCACGAGAUGAAGGAACGAGAAAAUGAACUUAGAUUAAUGCGUUCUCAAAUGUUAGCAAAAUCUCAACCGAAUCUUUUAGACAUCGGUAACGACAAUGAUUCCGAUAUCUACGAUGGUACAGGCUCUUUAAGAAGCGGAGCAUCAUCUAAUACGUUAAACGAAGAUGAAAUAGAAAGAGAAAACAAAGGCAAACAUAAGCCGAAUCCACGACGUCGAAGUACUCUCAUCGCUCAAUGGGAAAGUCUUAUAGCUGCAAAGAAAGAAUCCACUGAAAAUAAUCAUGAAAACGAUAAUGCUUUUUGAAAAAUGAUUUAUCGUUAAUGUUUUUCUAAGGUCUUUUCUGUCCUAUUUGUUCCGUACGUUUGAUAAAUUUAUUAUUUAAUCUCUCUUUAUAUAUAUAUUUUUAGGUAUGUG